GUUAGCAAAACAGCUAAAUACGAAACACACAUUGUCAACUGAUAAUGGAUACAUUCGUUGUUAAAGGCCUCUAAACGUAUAUAGCCUAGUAAGAAGACCACCCAUUGGGAGAAGAAAUCACUAACGAGGUGACUUGAAAAUGCAUCAGUGCCCUGUUUGUCCAAAAUCUUUCCCUUCACCGUAUAAACUUCAGAGACAUCAUGUCAUCCAUACUGGCCAGAAGCCCUUCUUCUGUGAAAUCUGUGGAAAAGCCUUCACGCAGUCAGGGCAUUUAAAAAUACACUUGGUUAAAGUCCAUCAUUCACGGCUUCCAACAGGCAGUCUACGGGAUGGCAUUUUAACAAAUAACCAACAGCUAAAACGUGAUAAACCAGCUGUGGGAAUGAGCACACAUGGCAGCAGUAAUUACACUAUGAUGUUAUCAGUGGCCUCUCAGCCAGAAUGGAAAAGCGGAUCUGUAACUCACAACGUUUUUCUUCCUUUGUCGGAGACUGGAAAUCCCCCCCAAAAGAAGCCACAUGUAAAUAAUAGCUCAGUGACCCAGAGCAGUAUCUCAUCUGAUAUGGAUCCAACACAUCAGUAUCAGGUUCAGGUUUUUUCUGCAAAUGUGGACACAUCUGUAUGCAAAACCUACAAUGGACACACCUGCAAAGUCUGCUUGAAGUCAUUUAGUUCAUCUCUUCAGCUUUGGAUUCAUUUACCAACUCAUAACAAACCAAAACCAUUUCAGCGAGGCCCGACUUUUUCUAAGAAGGCCUGUUUGAAGGUGUGCAUGCAGUCACAAGAAUUGAACUCCAGUACAAGCAAAAUGACUCUGAAACACCAGUGUCCUAAAUGUCUUAAAACCUUUUGUUCACCAUCCAAAUUACAAAGACAUUUUCUUAUUCAUACAGGCCAGAAACCAUACUCAUGUACAAUCUGCUGGAAAGCCUUUAGACAAAAGGCACACUUGAAAUCCCACUUAAACACAGCAAAUAAAUGUUCACUUUCUGCAGUCAGUGCAAGGAAAAGACAGAGGCUUUGUAAUGACAGUCAAACCUCAGUUCUACAGCUUAGGUCAUCACUUCAACAACCCAGCAGUCAUCACAUUCCUGUGAAUUCAUCAGUGGAACUGAAGCUACAAUGUAAAAUAAGUGUAAAUACUGUGCAGGACCUGAACAAGGCUGGAAUCAAGUUGGAUACAAUCGUAAAACCAGAACAACCACUAAAUACAAGCAGUCAGUGUCAAGGUACUUGUUAUAUUACAGGUGAAGAGCCGCAAUACUUGACACAAAAAGAUAUGAAACCAUUCCAGUGUAUGAUCUGCAAAAGAUCCUUUCGGUUGGAAGUUAAUUUAAUACGUCAUCAUAAAAUUCAUAUGAACCAAAAAGAAUUGGGAAAUCCUACUUCUGUGCAAAACAGUAGAAAUGUGAAAAUGUCAGAUUCGGAAGCAAUAAAAUGUUUAGCUAAACCUAGUCUUGCACACCCCAUUGACUUGGACAUCGUUGUUAAACCAGAAACAUGGAGCGAAAAUUGCAAUGACUCUUCACCUCAGGAGGCUGCAUUAAUUGCAUCAGCAGAACAGCAGAGGGAAACCUACCAUGCUACCAGUAAGCAGCAGAGAAUUAACACUUUACAUCAGUGCCAUACAUGUUCAAAAUGUUUUCCAUCUGCAUCAAAACUUCAGAGGCACAUGAUGACUCAUACUGGACAAAGGCCCUUUGGAUGUGAGAUAUGUGGGAAGAGAUUUCGGCAGAAAACUCACUUGAGGGUCCAUUGUCGCACUCACCUGUGGUCCAGAUAUCAGAAACAGCGAUCACUGUAUAUCAAUCGGCCACCUUCACGCAUAAGUGGGCUUAACACGAGGACUGCGGCAGAUGUCCCAAUCCAGGAGAUGUUGGUACAUAAAAAGGAUGAUGAGACACAGACUGGCAGAGAUAUCAUCUCUGUUAAACACCUGGUUGAGACCCCUUCUAUAGUGACUGUUCAGAAUAACGACAAGAGAGAAUCAGAGAACAAAUUGUUGCCACAUACCUCAAAGACAAAUGAGGUUUCUAAAGUGAAUGUGAAAAGGACACAGACUGCUAAAUCAAUGCAAAAUCCAGGCAAUGUACAACACAAGUGCUUUCAGUGUUUAAAGUGUUUUGCUAGUGUCUCUAAAUUACAAAGGCAUGAGAUGGUACACACAGGCUUGAAACCAUUUCAGUGUCCUACGUGUGGAAAAGCUUUUAGGCAAGCCUCACAUCUGAAAACCCAUGAAAGGAUACACUGUAAGAGGAAACCAUCCAAAUCAGUCAAUCAACAGGUGAACAACAGAAAACUGAAAAUGAAUAGUCAACACCAGCUUUACCCAAGGAUCACUGUUCGUAUCCCAUCACAGAAAAAGUCUGCGAACACAGACACUACACAUUCAGUUUUUGAUAGUGCUGUAAGUAAAGGAGAAGGUGCGCUGCUCUGUUCCAGGUAUGAAAUACCUGUCACAAAAGUGAACAGUGCCUUUAAGACAAACACCAAAUGUCAUACUUGUAAGACAAAGAAACUUCACAUAUGCCGAAUAUGCUGUAAGAACUUUGCUUCUCCAUAUAAGCUCUCAAGGCACUUGGUCACUCACUUUGGAAUAAGGCCAUAUAAAUGUACUUUGUGCAGCAAAACCUUCACACAGCAUGGUCAUCUAAAAGUUCAUGAGCAGAGAUGCAGGCAAGUUAACAAGAUCUCAGAUUAUGACCACAGAGAAAUGAUAAAUACCAACCAUCCCCAAGAUGAAUGCAUUGAAAACCUGACUGAAUGUACAGAUUUCAAUGUGGAUGCAAUAAGAGAGCAGACAGAGCCAGAGUAUACCAGUGUUGCUCAUAACUCUUUUCCUGAUGGAGAUUUAUCUUAUUGCACAGAGGCAAUAGACACUGAGUGGCUGGCAGUACCAGAAGUAGGUUUACAAGAGGAGAGUAACGAAUUACAGAAAAAACAGAGAGAAAAUUACAGUCAAGCUACAGAAAGUUAUGAUCAGGCUACAGACCAUUAUAGUUAUUCAUUUCCCUCUGAGCUUGCUUUUGAAAUAAAUAAGCUUGUCCAAAAUCAAAACAUGGCAGCUCCACUUUUGUCACAUCAGUAUGAAGUGAAUGCACCUAAUGUAGAAAUACCAUGUCAACAUAAAGGGGUUACAGCUAUUUCAGAUAGCAACAAGCUCGUCAGUGAUGAACUUGUGAGUUCUGUGGAUGAGAAUCAAACCCAUGCAGAUUUUCCAGAUGAGUACUGGUGUGAACCACUAACUGUGUUUGAAUGUGACAAGUGCACUGAAAAUUUUAAGAGCAGAGACGAUCUUAAGGAACAUCUUUGUUCAACUAAUGUUCAGCCUAAGAUGACAGAGUCAGCCCAGAAGAAUUGUGACAUUUGUUUAAAAAAUUUUGUCACUCCCUCUAAACUUAAGAGGCAUUAUCUUAUCCACACAGGUCAGAGGCCAUUUAAGUGUGACAUUUGUGGCAAAACUUUCACACAGUCAGCACAUGUCAGAACACAUAGACUGAUUCAUUGAUAAUCAUAUGAGAUGUUUGUUUUUUUUGUGUAAAAUGGUAUUUAUUAUGAUCACAAUUUGUCAAUAUAUUUGUUUGUAUGUAUGUAUGUCAAGUGUGUAAUAGGUAUAUUUUAAAGCUUGUUUUAUUUGAUAUU